CUUCCUGUGGCUCCAGGACACGUACAUAACAAAUUUACCUUUUACUCUCUGAAAAUGUAAAACAUUAUACCUGAUCAUGACCACAUUCCCAAAGCAGAGAGGAUUUGCUGUCGAAGCUGUUUUGCUGAUAAUACCAUUGUCCUGCCUCGCUGAUUCCAUUCUGCCUUUCCGGUAAUACAAGGCAUUUAUCAAAUUAGGAUUCUCAGGAAAUGCAAGGGAUCCAGCAGUCUAUAUUUAGCAACAACAACAAAAGAACAGCACAAUCAGCUGACUGGAAGCUGUUAGCCUGAUGCACAGUCCAGUUUUAGACAGCAUAUCUUCCGUCUUGGAAACAAGGAGAGAAAGGUGCUGAAAACUGAAGAUUAGAAAUACACCCAGCUAAAAGAGAAAAAAAAAAUAUAUCCAGCAAUGGCACCCCGCAUACGACUGACAAUAUCAAAGCCUCUCCCAACUAUCUGCGAAACCCAGGAGGAAAUUUUAGAAGAUGUAACUAGCAAUGCAAAAGGCUUUGGGAGCUUCUCUAUCGACUCAGAUUCUUGUUCCAGUGACGACUACCUUCAAUCUAUCUGUCAUUUAGCAAGGCCCACCUUCCCAGUGUUUUCUGAAAACCCCUAUGCGUUCCAAGACAAGAAGGUAUUAGAAACACUCCAAAGAAUGUCAUGGUUCCCAAAGCUGGAAGUGGCACAGCAAGUCAUUCCAAAGUACAAACUGACCAACAUCUUCUCAGACAUGAUGUCUUUAGAAAAAGUUAGUCUAGUACUUGACAAUGCAAAGCUAUAUCCCUGUACCAGGGCUGAUCCACUAGAACAGUUGUACGCACAAGCAGAGAAGACACGACACUAUAGGGUGUCUGUUUAUGGUGAAAGCUCUAGCAUGGAUGACUCACAGCAUAGUCAUUUCAGCUCUUGUGAUACCAGGAGGGGGGGUGAAAUUCAUCCAUCCACCUCUCAAGAAAAAAUGACAGAGAAGCAAGAUCUAGCUGGGGUAUUCAGUUUUCCAAGGCUGCCCUCUCCAAGACCAAUAGAGAGAGAAAAUAGCUGCCCAGAGCAGACGUGUCUGAAAAGCAGUAAGAUAAUGGCUGUUUCAGAAAAUGAUCAAACUCAGAAAGAAAACUGCACCAUAUUUAUUGAUGGUAAACGGCUAUGGCCACACCCACCCAGAGAGAAACUGCAAGGAAACAAGGUUUUGAGUUGCCCUCUACGAAGACAAUGUGCUGUGUUCAAAACAAGAGGUGGCACCGAAAAAGAAGAGCUGAAAUCUUCUAGCUAUAACAAAAUUGUGAAGGGAGAUGUUCUUAAUAAGCAAAGUUACCCACAAUGCUUUCAUGUAGAUAAAAAAGCCAUGAUCCACAGCUGGAUCUCUGAGUGCAAGUGUGCCUGGAAAGGAGCAAAGGUUAAAGCUUGCCUACUUCCUGCCAUCGCAGAAAUAUGAAAAACUGAUGCUGAGCAGCUGCAUCUUUUGCAAGAAAUUGUGGCCUCUGUCAUCUUAAAUUUCUCCCUGUUACCUACAUGCAUUGUGCAGAGAAGAGGGGUGCAGUAUACAUGUUUACAAUGAAGCAGAUACAUUUGUGAUCCAUUACCUCUCUCACCUAUGUGCAAACAGGCAAUACAUUUACGAAUGUGGCCAAGCUAUUUUUUUUUUUUUUUUAAAAAAGGAGGGUUCUAAGGACCGAACUAUUGAUUCGGCUCUCAGAUAUGCAGGCAUUAUUCAUAACAGCUUCUCUCCUCAGCUCAGCAACUCCUUUUGCACAUGCCUGUCUUGUGCUCUGAGAACAGCUGUAAUAAUGUGUGUGUCUACAUUAGAGAUGGAGAUAUCAGUCAGGUACACUAAACAGGGGAAACAGCUGUUUAGAAGUGCGAUGUGUAAUUUGUAGGAGCAUCGAGCCAAUGGUGAUUUACAGCACAUGCCCAAAUUGGCAUGUUUCACACUCCUGGAUGUAUUCAUUCUGCAAGGAAACUCCUGCAGGAUGCUUAGACGGCACUACAUGUCCUUUCUGACACAGUGCAGGUUCUGAGAGAGGCUGGUCAGCCUCACUGCUAACUUCUCAUUUGGCAGCUGGUGGUUAAACAUUUCAACAUGUUAACACUCUAAAAAUGAUGAGGUCUCAUUGAUAAACUCAAUCCAUUAGCACGCGAGGUGGAAAAUAUGAAAACCUUCAUGGGCAGAACUCUCCUCGUGCGUACACCAGUGUGGCUCUGCUAACUUCAAUAGAAGCAUGUUUGAUUUAUGCUGGCAAGGGAGGAGAAUCAGGCACUCCAUGUGUAAAAGCUUGUACAGUAACAUGGCAGUGCUUGUCUUGUGUUGCUAUUAUUGUAGUACAGUGAAAACUGUCUUUUUUCAUUGUUAUUAGGGACUCAAGUGAAUUUCCAGCAGCCCAGGUACUGGCGUUCUCUUCACAGUUAUACUCCUCUCUGCCUGUGCAUACGAAGCUUUUGAUUAUGUUUAUCCACUGAUACUUAAAAGCUAUCACACAUACAAUCCCACCAUUUAAGACGUAGAGAGCAAACAGAUUCUGCAACCCUAUUGCACUCUAGAAUGAGCAGCGUUGUACAGAGGCAGCAUAGUCUAGUGAUUAAAGCAGAUGACUGGAAGACAGAGAAUCCCGUUUGAGGUCCAACUCCGCAUGGGCUAACCACUUUGCAUACAAACCCGCCCAGACCCAUGGGUAACUACUCAGGUGGCUAGCCUAUCCUACUGCUUGCCCCUGCCCGUGCUACUGAAGGUACAUCGCUAUUUUUAGCAUGCUAGCUUGAUAAGAGCUAGCGUUAGUAUGUCUCAUGGAGCCGGGUGUGUAAUUCCCAGCUCAAAGGGUAAAUGUAGCCAUAGUGUGUUGCCUUGGGCAAGUCAAUUUCUGUGUCUCUGUGUCCUCAACUAUACCGCGGGGUUAAUAAUACUGAUUUACCUUUGUGUGAAGUGCUGUGAGAGCCAAGGAGGAAAAGCUCUGUGUAUGUGCCCUGUAGCAGUAGCAGUACUAGUGUGUGUCUCCAGGUACACUGAACCCUAUGGUAUAUAUAAAGCGAUCCAUCUUUUGUUAAAGUUACAUCUGUAGUGAUACCAGUGAGUGAGAGAGAGAGUCUGAGUCAUGAAUCUGGAUUUCCCCUAAAACAAAGCACAAGCCAUCAGGUCACCACUAAAUUAUCCAUAUUGGACGUAUGAAAGAGGCAUAUGAAAAAUGACUGACUCCGUGACUGUGCAAUGCAUGUGCAUUUUAACCACAAAAGUGUUAACUAAUGUAAGUGGUCAGGGAUGUCUAUGGCUCAGUCAGCAUUUUAAAAACAAAUGUAGAGGCAGUUUAAAAUAAACUCCUUUCUAUUUUAAUCCUUCUUUAAUUACAGCUGUUUCUUGUAGUGUAAUUUAGAUUUAUUACUUUGUGCAGAUGAGCGUCUAAAUGGAUAUAAGGGGAUGCUAAUGACUACUUGAGAGGAUUGCAGGGGUACUUAGCGACUGAGAGGUGAGAAAACCUCCACAACAACCAAAUCAACUAUAGCUCAACCAUUUAAAGGGUUGUGAACAGCCAUAAAGCACACAUUUCAUUACUCAUAGAAAGACACACAUCUCAUUCCGUAACCAGUGGAGAAAUGCAGGGGAAAAUGUCUGCAAAAUAUUACUCGCAGUGAAUCAGUUUGCAGACAGAAUUCUGUGUGUGCUGCUGAAGCUUAAAAGAGAAACUUAUGAUUACAAAGGUCUAAUCAUGAAAGAUGCUCAGAAAACGAUGCUCAGAUUUCUGAAAAAUGUUCAUUAGAUUAAAGCAAGGGCACAUUUUCUCAUCAGCACCUACCGGUUAGUAGGCAAGUUUGAAGCUGUAGACACCUCACCUUUCUGACCCAUAUAGACCCUGAAUUUUUUUGGCAUUCCACCACAGCAUGGUAAGCUGUUUAGCUGAGAAGCUUUCCAUUUAAUUUUCUUAAUGUAUGACUUGGCCAUAUGGAAGAUCCACAAUGGCGCAGGGGAGAAUGGUUUUAGAGGAGUAAAAGAUAUCAUCUCUAGCUUUUACAACUCACAGAAUAAUGGUGAAUAACUGGAAGGCUGUUUGCGUGCCUCAUUUCCUCUUUGUGCUUAGCUCCCUUCUGUAUGUGUUAACGGUUUUCUUGAAGCACCAUCUGGAGUGAAAGGUUGCUGUGUCCCCCUCAAUAAUUACCCUCCAAGUAAAUAUUUAUGAGGCUGCAAUGCCUAGCAAUUCUGUGCCUACUGUAUGUACCACCAAUAGACAGAAACGUGUUUAUGCUUCUGAGAGGGUAAGCAAAUAAAAAUGUUCAAUGAGAUUGUUGC